AUGGCGGCCCCCGCGAGGAAGCGGCCCCGGGCGGCCGGGGAAGAGGCGGCCGAGCCCAAAGGCGGCGCGGGCCUUCGCCGGGCGGGGGGGAAGCGGCGACUGGUGGUGAUCCUGGAGGGCGCGUCGCUGGAGACGGUGAAGGUUGGGAAAACGUAUGAAUUACUGAACUGCGACAAGCAUAAAUCGGUGCUGCUUCGGAACGGCCGGGACCCAGGAAGUGUUCGACCAGACAUCACCCAUCAAAGCCUCCUGAUGCUCAUGGACAGUCCCCUGAAUCGGGCCGGUCUCCUCCAGGUUUAUAUCCACACAGAGAAGAAUGUCCUAAUCGAAGUCAACCCUCAGACAAGAAUCCCUCGGACUUUUGAUCGUUUCUGUGGCCUUAUGGUUCAACUACUGCAUAAAUUCAGUGUAAGAGCUGCUGAUGGGCCUCAGAAGCUGUUAAAGGUGAUUAAGAAUCCAGUGUCUGAUCAUCUUCCUGUGGGCUGCAUGAAGUUAGGCACAUCUUUCUCUGCUCCUACUGUGACAGAUGUUCGUGACCUGGUCCCUCCCACAGAUCCCAUGGCCAUCGUUGUGGGAGCUUUUGCCCACGGCUCGAUGAACGUGGACUACACAGAGAAGACCAUCUCAAUCAGCAACUAUCCACUCUCUGCUGCCUUGACUUGCGCUAAGAUCACCACCGCUUUCGAGGAGAUGUGGGGAGUGGUGUGAACUCUCACUCGUGUGGCUUUUGUGCCGUCGAACUCAGUGUGAUAACUCCAGGUUGUGGAGUUAGAGUGUGUUGCAGGGUUCUACCUGUUGCAUCCCCUCCCUGUGGGAGUUCAGAUAGUCUUUUAUGUUUUGUGGCAAAUAAACAUUUGAGAUUG